CCACCACCACCUCUCCUCUUCUUCUUGUUCCUCGGAAUAACUUAUUCCAGCGCUAGCACCGCCUCCGCACUCGUCUCUCUCCAUCCCCUCCUCCUAUUCCGCCCCCCCUCCUCUCAUCAUUCCCGAUCCAUCCCGAACAGCACCGGAAUUACAAGUAACGACAACGACAAUGGCGACGGCGACGAAGGAUCGGAUCGGCAAUCGCAUAGGGAGAGGAUCGCGGUGUGCCUCGUCGGCGGCGCGCGGAGGUUUGAGCUCACGGGGCCGUCGAUCGUGAAGCACGUGCUGACGCAGCUACCGGAAGGCGACCUGUUCGUCAACGCGCCGCUCGACGAGAAUGCCUACAAGUUCGGAUUGCUCCGGGAGGCGCCCCGGAUCGCCGCGGUGCGCGUCGCGGCGCAGGCGCCGAUCGCCGAGAGCGAGUCGCAUUUGCGGGUCCUCACCCCGAGUAAUUCUCCGAAUGGCAUCCAGGGUCUACUUCAAUACUUUAAUCUAGUGGAAGGUUGCCUAGACUUGAUCAGGUCCCACGAAUUGCGAACUAACAUCACGUAUGAUUGGAUCAUCCGGACCCGGGUGGACGGAUUCUGGUCCGGCCCGCUCGACCCGGGCACGUUCGAACCGGGCUCGUACGUCGUCCCUGAGGGAUCGGGGUACGGCGGGCUCAACGACCGGUUGGGCAUCGGCGACCCUGCCACCUCGGCGGUGGCCCUCUCACGGCUCUCCCUCGUCCCCCGGUUGGCCCUCGCGGGCUACCACGACCUCAAUUCGGAGGCCGCAUUCAAGGCCCAGUUGGACACGGCCCACGUGGAGGCCCACGAGCGCCGGUUCCCGUUUUGUAUCGUGAGCGACCGGCAGUACGGGUUCCCCCCGGGCCAGUACGGCGUGCCGGUGGCCUCGAUGGGGAGCCCGGGCCCGCUAAGCGGUUCCAAGUGCCGGCCGUGUAAACCCGUGUGCACUGGUCUGUGCGCGGCCCAGGUAGGAAAUGGGCUGGAUAGAUGGUGGAGCUGGACCGAGUGGCGGAACGGGAGUUUGCAGCUGUGCGACGCAAGCGGAGAGUGGGGUAAGGAUUGGGAAGAUAUAUUUGACGAGGCAGCGGGGACGGAGGCGGCCGCAGUGCGGCGGAGAGUAGGGGCGAUGGGGAUGGCGGAGUGCGUAGCAGAAUUGGAGGCCGUGAAGGGGCGGUCGGCCCAGUGGGACGGGCCGGACCCGAAGGAGAUUUGUAGAAUGGGCCUGGGCCACUCAAACUCCUCAUCCAAUAAGCCGGUCUCAUCCUAUCCCCCCUGAUUCUAUUCUUUUGUUUUUUGGGAAUUAGUUUUUAUUUUUUUCCCGCAAAAUUUUAUUUUUCUCUGUAUAGAUAGAGAUAUCUCGUUUGUGAUUAUGCACAUGAGAGAAACAUAUAAUUAGAAGUAGCUUUUCCCGGUCAAAGAAGAGAGAUAGCAAUCUGGAGCUUCAGCUUCUGAAAAAGCUGGAUUGGGUUGGAUUGGUAGUUAGGUAAUUAGUCCUUAUUAUUAGUUCCUGGGUCAGGAUCCAUUCGUGUAGAGAACUUACAAUUGACUUUAGGGAUGAUGUAGUAUAUAUAAAUAUCAAGUGAACGCAACUUCAUCUUUCUAUGCACCAUU